AAAACCAAUUUAUAUAUUAAACGAAAAACCUUUAAUCAGGGUGCCCUCGUGAGACUUAGAGUUAAUUAUAAUUACAAUGAAAUCGAUAUUACUUUAAAGGAUUAUAUUUAUUAUUUAAGAGUGUUUGUAUGGGCCAACAAUAACAAUAUUUCAAUUUACCCACGUUUGAUAGUGUAAAUAUACAAUAAAGUUUAUAAAGUUUAUUGCCGCCAAGAGGUUGAUGAACAUUCGAUUUUUAAUAAAAAGGGGAUCAGAAUGACAUUGAAGAAUUUUUGCAAAAUCCAAAUUAACGACAAGAACAAAAUUAAGCCGAGGAGGAGGUCCGGUUUGCUGUCCCCGUUCGCUCUUAAUCCUGGCAAGUGUAAAAUACAUUUUGAGGGAACGAAUGUGAAAAGUAAGAUCGACGAAAACGUAAUUUAUCAAGCCCUAAUUAAUAACGAGUUCCUGCGUAACGUCCUCACCGGAUCCUCCCUUCAAAAGUUGAUAGAUUGCAUGUACGAGAAAAAUAUAGAAGCCGGCGACACUUUACUGGAACAAGGCCACAUCAAUUCAUUUCUUUUCGUGUCGAAAAGUGGAACUUACAAGGUUACCGAGAAUGAUAAGCAAACCGAUCUUUUCGGGGGGUCAAGGGUGUUCGGGGAAGUGGCGAUACUUCAUAGUGCGAAGGCCAGUCAAACCAUUAAGGCCAUUACUAAGGGUUCAAUAUGGGUCCUGGACUGUAUCCAAUACAAAAAUAUAACAGUGAACUCGCAUGUGGAAAAGAGGGAGGAAAUAGUGAGUUUCUUAAAGGACGUGCCCAGCAUCCGAAGAGCGUCCAACAGUAGACUUUACACGCUCUGUGAUUUGUUUCAUGAAAAGUUUUUUCCUGGGACAAGUAGUUUGGUUAAAGAAGGAGAUAUUGUUAGCGAUUUUAUCAUUGUAACAUCGGGUACCGCCACCAUUUUAACACGAGAAAGAAACCGAAAACUGGAUAAACUGACCAGAGGAUGUUUUUUUGGCGACUACAUUUUCCAAAAAGAAACCAUUAGCCUAUACACGAUUCUAGCCGAUCCGCCAGGUGUCGAAUGCCUAGUAAUAUCCCGAAAGGAGUUUUUGAAUCAUUUCCAUGAUCUAGAACAUUUUUUAAAUCGAAAAUCUUCUAUAAGUCCUACAGAAGCAUCAACCAAAUAUGCUCAACUCCAGUUAAAGAAUCUAAAGAAAAUAAAAACGUUAGGACUGGGCGGUUUUGGUAAAGUUGAACUCGUUCAAGAUUCAAGGCAUAAGGAUGAUAUUUUCGCGUUGAAACUGAUGAAGAAGUUUGAAAUUACCGGACACCAGGCUCAUAUUGAUCAGGUUUAUAAUGAAAAAAACCUUCAAAUGGCCUGCAACAGUGAUUUCAUCGUCAGAUUAUUUAGGACGUUUAGGGAUAAUAAAUAUGUGUAUUUUUUAUUGGAACCAUGUAUGGGAGGAGACCUCUGGAACAUGCUUAGGCGACAGAGAAGAAAAUGUUUCGACACCGAUACAGCAAAGUUCUAUGCAGGUUGUAUAGUGGAAGCCCUUGGCUACCUUCACUCCAGAGACAUCGUAUACAGAGAUCUAAAACCGGAAAAUGUAAUGGUAUCCGCCUCCGGUUACCUCAAACUAACAGAUUUCGGAUUUGCAAAGAAAAUUGCCCUUAAUGAGACCGCUUAUAGUUUUGUCGGUACUGCCGAGUACGUAGCUCCAGAACUAAUACAAAAUUUACCCCACGACAGGGGGGUGGAUUAUUGGGCCUUGGGUGUAUUCAUUUAUGAACUGUUAGUGGGUAACUCGCCCUUCAGAAAUGAGGAGCAUAACGAUUUGAAGACUUACAAGGCGAUUUUGAAGGGAAUUGACUUUGUUACGUUUCCUUUUAUCGUGUCUCCUAGAGCUAGAAACUUAAUUAAAAAGUUAUGUAAGCCUUUAUCGAUAGACCGAAUUGGGUGUCAAAAGAAUGGUAUUAAAGAUAUUAAAAUACAUCCGUGGUUUUCCAAGUUGGAUUGGGAGAAAUUGAGCCGUAUGGAGCUGGAGCCUCCCAUAAGGAUAUCGUUGAACGGGAGGACGGAUACGAGGUAUUUUGAACAGUUUAGGGAGGAAAAAGAGGAUGUCGUUUUGGAGGAUUUUUCUGCUUGGGAUAAGGAUUUUUAGUAUUAAUGUAAAUCGUGGUACUUGAAGUACAGGAUGCGUUUUUUGUGCUACCACAAGUAUACUAAUUUUUAUUUUUUACUGAAAUACUCUUUGAGAUGUUAAGCAGUUUGAACUAAUGUUGUGUUUGUCUUAAAAGAAGUUUCGGAGAAAAUAUAAGUAUACAAUGCUUGGAUAAAGCUCUUUAUACAUAAUAUAAGAACCAAUUUUUUUCUAUAAUAGGCUUUAAAUAGUUGUUAGAUGUAUACAAUUUAGAUAUAAGAAAAUGUUUUAUAAUUUUAUGAUAAUAAGUAGAGAUUUAAGACACCAAAUGACGGGCGCAUUAUGAAUUUGUGAUUUUUUCUUGCUCCUCCACCAUUUACUUUUUUUACAUCUUUUAAAUUAUUUUUGGUCUUACUAAUUUAGAUUUCACCAACGUCUUAUUUUCUUACUUUCUUCACAUAAAACUGUGCCCGCUCCUUCACCAUUUAUUUUUUUCUUUAAUUUUUCCAACUCUGAAUGUCGUCAUAUUUUCCGUCUACUAGUAAUUUUCUCUAUAAUUUUCUCCGGCUACUUCACCAUUUGUUGCAUUGAAGGCUUUUUAUUGUUUCGUUUUCCCUGUAAGAAAAAUAUAGUGGAAUCUUCUUCUCUUAGGAAUCGACAUUAAAUUUAAAUAAUUUUUUAUGAAAAGCGAUUUAAAUUUAAAAUUGUAAUUUGUUGUUUAGCUGCGUCCUCUAGAUUUUAUUAAUAAACCUUUUCUUGCUUCUCUACCAUUG